GUCAAAAUACAAAACGUACAAGCGCAUCAAGGAGGUUUCUAGCGACUGAAAGGAGUUCAAUUUGCUUCUUUUUCACCAAAGAGGUUAAUAUUUCGCUACUUCUGAAGAAGAACAUCAUUGAUUAAUUUGUCAGCUUCGUAAAAAAUACACGGAAAAACACAUAAAAAUGGGAGAUUUCGGAAGAAAAUCAUUUUUGCUGGCUGCUGCCGUUACAUUCCUCAUCAUAUCACCGCGACACAUCAUGGCAGAGGAGACGUGUGCCGGCAAGGAGAAGACGGACAAGGCCGAGACUGCCGCCAACACGCUCUACGACCAAGACUUCGGCAUGGCCCUCACUCCCGAGGACCUUCUCACCACCAUGCUGUCUCCAUUCUCAUCUCCCUGGAUGCUGCGCGACUACUUCCGUCCCUGGCGCCUGUCAGCAGUCAACGACCUCGGCUCCACCAUCAAAACCGACAAAGACAAGUUCCAGGUCAACCUAGACGUGCAGCACUUCACGCCCGACGAGAUAACCGUGAAAACCGACGACGGAUUCAUCAUAGUUGAAGGGAAACAUGAGGAGAAGAAGGACGACCACGGGAUGGUGGCGAGACAGUUUGUCAGGAAGUAUUCUCUGCCGCGCGGGACGAGGCCUGAGACUGUGUCUUCGAGUAUAUCAGCUGAUGGGGUGCUGACGGUGACGGCUCCCCUGGACCCGAGUGCCGCCGUGGGGCUCCGGGUGGUGCCGAUUGAGAAGACUGGGCCGGUGCGGAAGGUGAAGAAGGCGGAAGGAGACGGGGUGGAAGGCUCCUGCAACGGUCAGACCGGGUAGAUUGAUGCUGGUGCUGCGACUUAGUAAUUCCUUGUUACCAAAUUCCGUUAGGUUAGGUACUUAGUUAUACUUAUUAUUUAAUGUUUCAUUUUAUGCAAGACUGAUAAAUUAAAUAAAUGACUCACUAUAACAAUAA